UUAGUAUGCUCCCCUUAUUCAAUCCUGUUUAGUGUACGGGGCUGAUGGAAGGAACCUCUGUGAACACUGUCUUAAACCCUGAGCCCUCGUGAAGAAAGCUUUCAACUUUCAAUAAUCAAAUGGAUCAAGGGAGGCAGGUAUUCACAGUGGACCUUCUUGAGCGAUAUGCUGCAAAAGGUCGUGGAGUUAUCACUUGCAUGGCUGCCGGAAAUGAUGUCAUUGUGAUUGGAACCAGCAAAGGAUGGGUCAUCAGGCAUGAUUUUGGGCUUGGCAAUUCAUCUGAGAUUGAUCUCACUGUGGGUCGUCCUGGGGACCAAUCAAUCCACAGGGUUUUUGUUGAUCCUGGAGGGAGUCACAGUAUUGCCACUGUUGUUGGUCCUGGAGGAGCUGAAACUUUCUAUACUCAUGCCAAAUGGAACAAGCCACGAAUUUUGAGCAAGCUGAAAGGACUUGUUGUGAAUGCUGUUGCAUGGAACAAACAACAGAUAACUGAAGUUUCCACAAAGGAAGUUAUUCUUGGUACUGAAAAUGGUCAACUUCACGAGCUGUAUGUGGAUGAGAAGGAUAAGAAAGAGAAGUACAUCAAGUUUCUCUAUGAAUUAAGAGAACUUUCUGAAGCUUUUAUGGGCUUGCAGAUGGAAACAGCUACCAUAAUUAAUGGGACUAGGUAUUAUGUGAUGGCAGUUACUCCUACUCGUCUUUACUCUUUCACUGGCUUUGGGUCACUAGAAACUGUUUUUUCAGGUUAUUUAGAUCGUACUGUGCAUUUUAUGGAACUUCCUGGUGACAUACCAAACAGUGAGUUGCAUUUUUUCAUUAAGCAACGGAGAGCUGUACAUUUUGCAUGGCUUUCUGGAGCUGGUAUUUACCAUGGUGGCUUAAAUUUUGGAGGACAACAGAGUUCUUCAGGUGGAAAUGAAAAUUUUAUUGAGAACAAAGCUCUUUUGGACUACUCCAAAUUGUCUGAAGGAGCUGAAGUAGUUAAACCAAGUUCAAUGGCAUUGUCUGAAUUCCAUUUCUUGUUGCUUCUGGGGAAUAAGGUUAAGGUUGUAAACAGAAUUAGUGAGAACAUUAUUGAGGAACUUCAGUUUGAUCAAACUUCUGAUUCAGCAUCAAAGGGUAUUAUAGGGUUGUGUAGUGAUGCCACAGCUGGUUUGUUUUAUGCAUAUGAUCAAAACUCCAUCUUUCAGGUGUCUAUCAAUGAUGAGGGCCGAGAUAUGUGGAAGGUAUAUCUUGACAUGAAUGAAUAUACUGCUGCUUUAGCAAAUUGCCGUGACCCUUUUCAAAGAGACCAAGUAUAUUUAGUGCAGGCUGAAGCUGCAUUUUCUUCUAGAGAUUAUUUUAGAGCUGCAUCUUUCUAUGCCAAAAUCAAUUAUAUUUUAUCAUUUGAAGAGGUCACUUUGAAGUUCAUUACUGCUGGUGAACAGGAUGCUUUGAGAACUUUCUUAUUGCGGAAGCUUGAUAAUUUAGAAAAGAGCGACAAAUGCCAAAUAACAAUGAUAUCCACUUGGGCAACUGAAUUGUAUUUGGACAAGAUAAACCGACUGCUCUUGGAAGAUGACUCUGCAUCAGAGAAUAGCAAUUUAGAGUACCAAUCAAUCAUUAAAGAGUUUCGUGCUUUUCUCAGUGACAGCAAGGAUGUAUUGGAUGAAACAACUACAAUGAAACUUUUAGAAAGUUAUGGAAGAGUUGAAGAAUUGGUAUAUUUUGCGAGCUUAGAAGGGCACUAUGAGAUUGUAGUUCACCAUUACAUUCAGCAAGGUGAAUCAAAGAAAGCAUUGGAAUUGCUUCAGAAACCUGAUGUGCCUAUAGAUCUGCAGUAUAAGUUUGCCCCGGACCUUAUUGCCCUUGAUGCAUAUGAAACUGUGGAGUCAUGGAUGGCUACAAAGAAUCUGAACCCAAGGAAACUGAUUCCUGCAAUGAUGCGCUAUUCAAGCGAACCACAUGCAAAGAAUGAGACACAUGAAGUCAUUAAAUAUCUUGAAUAUUGCGUUCAUCGAUUACAUAAUGAAGACCCUGGAGUUCAUAACCUGCUACUUUCUUUGUAUGCAAAACAGGAAGAUGAUAGUUCACUUCUACGUUUCCUACAAUGUAAAUUUGGUAAAGGACCGGAAAAUGGUCCUGAGUUCUUCUAUGAUCCUAAGUAUGCCUUGCGUCUUUGCCUAAAGGAAAAACGAAUGCGAGCAUGUGUUCAUAUAUACAGCAUGAUGUCUAUGCACGAAGAAGCGGUUGCCCUUGCCCUACAGGUUGAUUCAGAGCUUGCUAUGGCUGAAGCUGACAAGGUUGAAGAUGAUGAAGAUUUGAGAAAGAAACUCUGGCUUAUGAUAGCUAAGCAUGUUGUUGAACAAGAAAAGGGAACUAAGAGGGAAAACAUUAGGAAGGCAAUUGCAUUUCUUAAAGAAACUGAUGGCCUGCUAAAGAUUGAGGACAUAUUACCAUUCUUUCCAGAUUUUGCGCUGAUUGAUGACUUCAAGGAGGCUAUAUGCUCCUCAUUGGAGGACUACAAUAAGCAAAUUGAACAGCUUAAAGAAGAGAUGAAUGAUGCAACCCGCGGUGCUGACAACAUCAGAAAUGAUAUCAGUGCACUUGCUCAAAGAUGCACUAUUAUUGAUCGAGACGAGGAAUGCGGGGUCUGCCGACGGAAAAUUCUAGCUGUGGGGAGGGACGUAGGCAUGGGUCGAGGUUUUACAUUAGUAGGACAAAUGGCUCCCUUUUACAUCUUCCCGUGUGGACAUGCCUUCCACGCACAGUGCCUGAUUGCCCAUGUGACUCGUUGUACAGUUGAUUCCCAGGUAAAUACAAUGCCUUUAUCUCGUAACUGUCAUCUCACGGCGACUACUUCACAUUAUGGUACCUGAAAAUUUGUUGUUUUAGAUUAGU